AGACCCGCUUCCGGAAUGGUUCUACCCCAGACAGGUUCGGUCGCCAUUGCAGGCUCUCCGAUUUCAGUCUAGCGGCCGCGGAUUGUCAUUCUGGAGUUGAAGCGCCUAUUUAACGCUCAUCGGGCGACUACAGUAGCUAAACCAACGUUUUCCCCCACGGCACCGUCGCGGAGAGAGAAGCGCCCUGUCAGGUCGUUCGGACGCCAACCGCCAACCGUCCUCGGGCCAAAGAGACAGCGCGAGCUGCGGUCGUUUAGCCGUUAGCUAGUAGCUAUUAUCGCAGAGGGAGCAAGGACCGUCAUGGCUCAGAUCCUGCCCAUCAGGUUUCAGGAACACCUGCAGCUUCAGAAUUUGGGGAUCAACCCGGCCAACAUCGGGUUCAGCACCCUGACUAUGGAGUCGGACAAAUUCAUCUGUGUCCGAGAGAAGGUGGGUGAACAGGCUCAGGUGGUGAUCAUCGACAUGGCCGACCCAAACAGCCCCAUCCGCCGGCCCAUCUCCGCAGACAGCGCCAUCAUGAACCCUGCCAGCAAAGUCAUCGCACUGAAAGACGCUUCGAAAACCCUUCAGAUCUUUAACAUUGAAAUGAAGAGUAAGAUGAAGGCACACACCAUGACUGAUGAUGUCACCUUCUGGAAGUGGAUCUCCCUCAACACAGUUGCCUUGGUGACCGAUAACGCCGUCUACCAUUGGAGCAUGGAGGGAGAUUCGCAGCCAGUAAAAGUGUUUGACCGCCACUCCAGCCUAGCAGGCUGUCAAAUCAUCAACUAUCGCACUGACGCCAAGCAGAAGUGGCUACUCCUUAUCGGCAUCUCUGCCCAGCAAAACCGAGUGGUAGGGGCUAUGCAGCUGUACUCCGUGGACAGGAAGGUCUCUCAGCCCAUCGAGGGCCACGCGGCCAGCUUCGCCCAGUUCAAGAUGGACGGAAACACAGAGGAGUCGACCCUGUUUUGCUUCGCCGUGCGGGGCCAGGCCGGAGGAAAGCUCCACAUCAUUGAGGUGGGGACUCCACCAACUGGUAACCAGCCUUUUCCAAAGAAAGCCGUGGAUGUAUUCUUCCCUCCUGAAGCUCAGAAUGAUUUCCCUGUGGCCAUGCAGAUCAGCCCAAAACAGGAUGUUGUGUUCCUUAUUACCAAGUAUGGCUACAUCCACCUGUACGACCUGGAGACAGGAACAUGUAUCUACAUGAACCGAAUCAGUGGGGAGACCAUUUUUGUUACAGCACCUCACGAGGCCACUUCCGGGAUCAUUGGUGUCAACAGGAAAGGACAGGUGCUGUCGGUGUGCGUGGAGGAGGAGAACAUCAUCCCCUACAUCACCAAUGUUCUGCAGAACCCCGACCUGGCCCUACGCAUGGCUGUGAGAAAUAACUUGGCCGGCGCAGAGGAGCUGUUCGCCCGCAAAUUCAACAACCUGUUCGCUGCAGGCAACUACUCAGAGGCAGCCAAAGUAGCUGCUAACGCACCUAAGGGCAUUCUGAGGACUCCAGACACCAUCCGCCGCUUCCAGAGCGUGCCGGCCCAGCCAGGCCAGACCUCCCCGCUGCUGCAGUACUUCGGCAUCCUGCUGGACCAGGGCCAGCUCAACAAGUUUGAGUCCCUGGAGCUCUGCAGGCCGGUACUGCAGCAGGGCCGCAAACAGCUGCUGGAGAAGUGGCUCAAAGAGGACAAGCUGGAAUGCUCUGAGGAACUGGGAGACCUUGUGAAGUCCGUUGACCCCACCCUGGCCCUGAGUGUGUACCUCAGGGCCAACGUCCCCAACAAAGUGAUCCAGUGCUUUGCUGAAACGGGCCAGUUCCCCAAGAUCGUGCUGUACGCCAAGAAGGUGGGCUACACUCCAGACUGGAUCUUCCUUCUGAGGAACGUGAUGCGCAUCAGUGCUGAUCAGGGCCUGCAGUUCGCCCAGAUGCUGGUGCAGGACGAGGAGCCGCUGGCCGACAUUACCCAGAUUGUGGAUGUGUUUAUGGAGUACAACCUGAUUCAGCAGUGCACCUCCUUCCUUCUGGAUGCCCUGAAAAACAACCGACCCUCUGAGGGACCUCUGCAGACCCGCCUGCUGGAGAUGAACCUCAUGCAUGCGCCUCAGGUCGCUGAUGCCAUCCUAGGGAAUCAGAUGUUCACUAAUUAUGACCGUGCCCACAUCGCCCAGCUGUGUGAGAAAGCUGGCCUGCUUCAGAGAGCCCUGGAGCACUACACAGACUUGUAUGACAUCAAACGGGCUGUCGUUCACACACACCUGCUCAACCCAGAGUGGCUUGUGAACUUCUUUGGCUCUCUGUCUGUGGAGGACUCUCUGGAGUGUUUGAGAGCCAUGCUCUCUGCCAACAUCAGGCAGAACCUCCAGAUUUGCGUCCAGGUAGCCUCCAAGUAUCAUGAGCAGCUCUCCACCCAGGCUCUCACAGAGCUCUUCGAGUCCUUCAAGAGCUUUGAGGGUCUCUUCUACUUCCUGGGCUCUAUCGUGAACUUCAGUCAGGACCCGGAGGUGCACUUCAAGUACAUCCAGGCGGCCUGCAAGACAGGCCAGAUCAAGGAGGUGGAGCGUAUCUGUAGAGAGAGCAACUGUUACGACCCCGAGCGCGUGAAGAACUUCCUGAAGGAGGCCAAACUCACCGACCAGCUGCCCCUCAUUAUCGUGUGCGACCGCUUUGACUUCGUCCAUGACCUGGUGCUCUACCUGUACCGCAACAACCUCCAGAAAUACAUCGAGAUCUAUGUGCAGAAGGUGAACCCCAGCCGCCUGCCGGUGGUGAUUGGUGGGCUGCUGGAUGUCGACUGCUCUGAGGAUGUCAUUAAGAACCUCAUCCUAGUGGUGAGGGGCCAGUUCUCCACUGAUGAGCUGGUGGCUGAAGUGGAGAAGAGGAACAGACUGAAGCUGCUUCUGCCCUGGCUGGAGGCUCGCAUUCACGAAGGUUGUGAAGAGCCUGCUACCCACAAUGCUCUGGCGAAGAUCUACAUCGACAGCAACAACAACCCAGAGCGCUUCCUACGGGAGAACCCCUACUACGACAGUCGUGUGGUGGGGAAGUACUGUGAGAAGAGAGACCCCCACCUGGCCUGCGUGGCUUACGAGAGAGGCCAGUGUGACCAGGAGCUCAUCCAUGUGUGCAAUGAGAACUCCUUGUUUAAGAGUCUGUCUCGUUACCUGGUGCGACGUCGUGACCCAGAGCUCUGGGCCAGUGUGCUGCAAGAGACCAACCCAUACAGAAGACCCCUCAUCGACCAGGUGGUGCAGACUGCACUGUCGGAAACCCAGGAUCCUGAGGAGGUGUCCGUCACAGUCAAGGCCUUCAUGACGGCUGACCUGCCCAAUGAACUCAUUGAGCUUCUAGAGAAAAUAGUCCUGGACAACUCUGUAUUCAGUGAACACAGGAACCUCCAGAACUUGCUGAUUUUGACGGCAAUCAAAGCAGACCGGACACGGGUCAUGGAGUACAUUAACCGCUUGGACAACUACGAUGCUCCGGACAUUGCCAACAUCGCCAUUAGCAGCGAGCUCUUCGAGGAGGCUUUCGCCAUCUUCAGGAAGUUUGAUGUCAACACCUCAGCAAUCCAGGUUCUAAUUGAGCACAUCGGGAAUCUGGACCGGGCCUAUGAGUUUGCCGAGCGCUGCAACGAGCCGGCGGUCUGGAGCCAGCUGGCCAAGGCUCAGCUGCAGAAGGGCCUGGUGAAGGAGGCCAUCGACUCUUACAUCAAGGCGGAUGACCCGUCAGCCUACAUGGAGGUGGUCCAGGCCGCGGACCAGAGCGGUAACUGGGAGGACCUGGUGAAGUUCUUGCAGAUGGCGCGUAAAAAGGCCAGAGAGUCCUACGUGGAGACGGAGCUGAUCUUUGCUCUGGCUAAAACCAACCGGCUGGCAGAACUGGAAGAGUUCAUCAACGGCCCCAAUAACGCUCACAUCCAGCAGGUUGGCGAUCGUUGCUACGAUGAGAAGAUGUACGAGGCAGCAAAGCUGCUCUACAACAACGUGUCUAACUUUGGCCGCCUGGCCUCCACCCUGGUCCACCUCGGAGAAUACCAGGCUGCGGUGGAUGGGGCUCGCAAAGCUAAUAGCACACGCACGUGGAAGGAGGUGUGCUUUGCCUGUGUGGACGGCAAAGAGUUCAGGCUGGCUCAGAUGUGCGGCCUUCAUAUCGUGGUCCAUGCAGAUGAACUGGAAGAGUUGAUCAACUACUACCAGGACCGUGGGUACUUUGAGGAGCUGAUCACCAUGCUGGAAGCAGCGCUGGGACUGGAGCGCGCUCACAUGGGCAUGUUCACUGAGCUGGCCAUCCUCUACUCCAAGUUCAAACCCCAGAAGAUGAGGGAACAUCUGGAACUCUUCUGGUCCCGGGUCAACAUCCCCAAGGUGCUGCGUGCAGCAGAACAGGCUCACCUGUGGGCCGAGCUGGUCUUCCUGUACGACAAGUACGAGGAGUACGACAACGCCAUCAUCACCAUGAUGAACCACCCCACAGACGCCUGGAAGGAGAGCCAGUUUAAGGACAUCAUUACCAAGGUGGCCAACGUGGAGCUGUAUUAUAAAGCCAUCCAGUUUUACCUGGAGUUCAAGCCCUUGUUACUGAAUGACCUUCUCAUCGUCCUGUCGCCAAGGCUGGACCACUCCCGCGCUGUUACAUUCUUCAGCAAGGUUAAGCAGCUUCCCCUUGUCAAACCAUACCUGCGAUCUGUACAGAAUCACAACAACAAGUCUGUCAACGAAGCACUUAAUAACCUCUUCAUUACAGAGGAAGACUACCAGGCACUUCGGACGUCUAUAGACGCAUAUGAUAACUUUGACAACAUCUCAUUGGCCCAGCGGCUAGAGAAACACGAGCUCAUCGAGUUUAGAAGAAUUGCUGCCUACCUCUUCAAAGGCAACAACCGCUGGAAGCAGAGUGUGGAACUCUGCAAAAAAGACAAACUCUACAAGGAUGCCAUGCAGUACGCAUCUGAGUCAAAGGACAUAGAGCUGGCGGAGGAGCUGCUCCAGUGGUUCCUGCAGGAGGAGAAGAAGGAGUGCUUUGCAGCCUGCCUCUUCACCUGCUACGACCUGCUGCGGCCCGACGUGGUGCUUGAGACCGCCUGGAGGCAUAACCUCAUGGACUUCUCCAUGCCGUACUUCAUCCAAGUGAUGAGGGAGUACCUCAGCAAGGUUGAUGCUAUUAAGGAUAAGGUGGACAAGCUGGAAACAUCUGAGUCUUUAAGGAAGCAAGAAGAGCAGGCCACAGAGACGCAACCCAUUGUUUAUGGCACACCCCAGCUGAUGCUGACCGCGGGCCCUAGCGUGGCAGUACCCCCCCAGCAGGCCUACAGCUACGGCUACUCAGCACCAGCCGGCUACGCCCAGGCUCCUCAGCCUCCUCAGCCAGGCUUCAGCUACGGCAUAUAAGGACAACACCCCCCCCCCCCCCCCCCCACACCGCUUGGUUUGGCCUGGACCCUCUAUCCAUACCCCCCGUCCCCAGUACUUCACCAGCCUCAGCUGUCUUCAACUUGCGUCUGAAGAUAAGAGCAAAGUUAUUCCAGUACUUUUU